CCCACUGCCUGCGGAUGAGCGCCAACAUGGCUGCAGCUGUGCCAGCCACUGCGGCUGCUUCCCGGAAGGAGUCUCCAGGCACAUGGGGCCUGGGAGAGGAGCCGGCAGGCGUGGGCCCCUCGCUCCAGUGUCGCGUGUGUGGUGACAGCAGCAGCGGGAAGCACUAUGGCAUCUACGCCUGCAACGGCUGCAGUGGCUUCUUCAAGAGAAGCGUGAGGCGGAGGCUCAUCUACCGGUGCCAGGUGGGGGCAGGGAUGUGCCAGGUGGACAAGGCCCACCGGAACCAGUGCCAGGCCUGCCGGCUGAAGAAGUGCUUGCAGGAGGGCAUGAACCAGGACGCUGUGCAGAAUGAACGCCAGCCGCGAAGCACAGCCCAGGUCCGGCUGGCCAGCAUGGAGUCAGAUCCGGAGCGCCGGCUGGAGCCCCUGGGGGCCCCCCUGGCCCCGGCAGGGCCCAGUCCACGGGGCCCCACGCCUGUUUCUGCAGCCAGAGCCCUGGGGCCCGGGGCCCUCACACCUCCAGGUCACCACCACUUCAUGGCCAGCCUUAUAACGGCCGAAACGUGUGCUAAGCUGGAGCCAGAGGACGCCGAUGAGAAUAUUGAUGUCACCAGCAAUGAUCCCGAGUUUCCCUCAUCCCCAUACUCUUCCUCAUCCCCGUGUGGCCUGGACAGCAUCCAUGAGACAUCGGCUCGCCUUCUCUUUAUGGCCGUCAAGUGGGCCAAGAACCUGCCCGUGUUCUCCAACCUGCCCUUCCGGGAUCAGGUGAUCCUGCUGGAAGAGGCAUGGAGUGAACUCUUCCUCCUCGGAGCCAUACAGUGGUCCCUGCCUCUGGACAGCUGCCCGCUGCUGGCCGCACCUGAGGCCUCCGCUGCCAGCAGCUCCCAGGGCCGCUUGGCACUGGCCAGCGCGGAGAGUCGCGUGCUGCAAGAAACCAUCUCACGCUUCCGAGCACUGGCGGUGGACCCCACGGAGUUCGCCUGCAUGAAGGCCCUGGUCCUCUUCAAACCAGAAACUCGAGGCCUGAAGGAUCCUGAGCACGUGGAGGCCUUGCAGGACCAGUCCCAAGUGAUGUUGAGCCAGCACAGCAAGGCGCACCACCCCAGCCAGCCUGUGAGGUUUGGGAAGUUGCUCCUGCUCCUCCCAUCCUUGAGGUUUAUCACUUCUGAACGGGUUGAGCUCCUCUUUUUCCGCAAGACCAUAGGGAAUACUCCAAUGGAGAAGCUCCUCUGUGAUAUGUUCAAAAACUGA